CCAUGAUCCUUGUACGAAGUGGAAGUCGAAUUAGAACAGAAGACGAUUUUCGAUUUAUUACGGCAGCUAAUUCUUUGGGAUCAGUUACCAGCUGCACACAGUAUGGCAACUAAGCAGCCGUCACCAGAAGUGAGUUGAAAGUUGCUUUCGGUCAGCUGACUUAUUAUGUUUGAUGUGCGCCCUGUUCCGUUUGUAAAAUUGUUUGUGUAAACUAACCAGAAUUAGUUUUGGUCUUUUAAAAUUACGAAGUUAUGGGACCUAACGCAUCACAAUGUGUAGGAAAUCUUUAUGAAAUAUUCCAGUGCCAAGUAAGGUCUUGACAAAAAAGUUGCGUGGAACAUUAUUAUGCACCACUUGUCAGAUCGUGUUGAAAUAAUGGCUUGAUGAGCUGUAAUAGAAUUAAGGUCAUUCUAUGAUUGAACUUAUCCAGUAGUGUGGAAAUCCUAUGCCUAAUCAGCCAUGGCAUCUGGAGCAUCUUCUUUAGAUAGCACAGGAAGUAAUGGUACUCUGUCACGUGGGUAUACUGUAUCCAAUAGUGACAGAAGUCUUUCAUCAACUUCUGUCAGGGACUAUGAUGGUCUGAAGCAACAGUGUGACAAAGCAAUGCAUGAGCUGCAGAUGUUGAGAAGGCAGCACAGUGAGACAAUCCGUCGCUGUGACCACACUAUGAAAGAACUGGAAUAUUACCGAGGACAGCACAGAGCAGCAAUGAACCAGUUAGAAGCAGCCGCUCAAGAGUCUUCCACUCUACGCUCCAAAUAUGCUGAUCUGGCAUCAGAAAAGCAGCGUGUAGAUCGGGAUGUCCAAAGUUUGCAGAAAGAAGUGACAGAGCUUAGAUGCCAGCAGCAGGAUGCCAUUGUUAGUGAGAGUGGGACAAGUGAUGCUUUGAAUCAACAUUACAUGAAUGCACUCCGGAAAUAUGAAGCAGUAAAAGACGAAUAUGAUUCAUUAAGGAAACGCUAUGAUGAUUUGAUCUCUUCUCACACAUCAGCAGUGAACAAACUGGAACUAGCACAAGAAGAAGUGUCCCGCUUGAAGAAACAGUGUGAUGAGGUAGCACAAGAGCGCAAUUCAGCUAUUCGGGAACGUAACGGCUUGAAGCAGCAAUGCACUUCUGCAAUACGUCAGUGGGAUAUUGCUCUUCGUGAAAGGAAUGAAUACAGAGAAGCUCUUGCUAAAGUGCAGCAACAGCAUGAAGAAGCAGUGAAAGAAAUAAAUCAGGCUAUGGCUGUAAGAAUGAAGGCAAGCAAGGACCUGAAGAGGUUGACAGAAGAGAGAAAUGCUGCAAUGCAGGAAUACUCACUCAUCAUGAGUGAGAGAGAUACAGUGCAUAAGGAAAUGGAAAAGUUGUCUGAUGAUCUUACACAGGCUUUUAAGAAAAAUAAAACAUUAGAAGUUGAGAACAAAGAUUUUGUUGAAGAGAAAAAAGCUCUUUCAUAUCAGAUCGAAACUUUGAAACGAGAAAUUGCAUCUGCACUUCAUGAUCGUGAUAAAGCACUAAAGGAAUGUAAUGAUUUGAGGGAGAAGUUUGGUGAAUACACAGCAAAAGAAGAAUCCACUCGAGAAGGCUUGAAGUCUAGAUUGGAUUAUAAUUCUUACAGCAGGGAACGUGAUAACUCAAGAGAAGAUCAAACAGAAGUUUUAAAAAGCACCAGAGAUAUGUAUGGAAAAUAUCAAAAAGAAAGAAUGGAUAAUCUGGAUCAGGCAAACCAAGAGAUUGACAGGUUACGAAAGCAGCUGGAUAAAUUGCAAGUAGAGCUUCAAGAGGCAACUCAAGAAGCUGAAGUUUCAAAGCGACGGAGAGAUUGGGCAUUCAGCGAGAGAGAUAAGAUUGUAUUAGAAAGAGAGAGCAUUCGUACUCUUUGUGACAGGUUGAGGAAGGAGCGUGACCGAGCAGUGUCUGACCUAGCAGAGGCACUUAGGGACUCUGAUGAUAUCAAGAAACAGCGGAAUGAAGCUUCAAAAGAACUCAAAGACCUCAAGGAAAAGAUGGAAGCUGAACAGGAAAAGGAAACAAGAAUGCAACAGUUUCGUACUGUGGGUCACAAUCAUAGUCAUGACUCUGCUAUCGAUGCUGAUCUCCAGGAGUGGGAGACAGAAAUACUGGAUAUUGAUUUGAGUGGGCUUGCUUCUGAUGAUGAUCUUGGUUUUGAUUUGGUUGGUGGAAGGGAUGACCCCCACUAUCCUAAUGAUAGUGGUAUUUAUGUAUCCUCAGUCACCAAAGGCAGUGUAGCAGAUGGCAAACUGAAACCCAAUGACUGUAUCAGCCGGGUGAACAAUUUGGAUUGUAGCAAUGUUAGCAAGAGAAUGGUUUUGGAAACAGUACGUUCAGGUGGUGGCGUAGCCAACAUGGUUGUUCGGAGGCGUCGGAUGGGUGGGCGCUGCCUCUAUACCACACAGUUACACCUGAAUGUUAGUGAACAUGGUCUGACUCUUGAAACUGGAAUCUACAUUUGCAAAAUCAAUCCAGGCUCAUUAGCUGCAAAGGAAGGGAACAUGGCAGUGGGGGAUAGAGUUCUUAGUAUUAAUAACAAACCCAUGGAUGGACUGAAAAGUGCCAGAGAAGCAAUGGCAAUAAUGGAUGAAUCAUGUGACAUCUUAACCAUAACAACUCUUAAAGGAUCUGUGUCUCCAAUCAAUUCAAAUUCCAGUUGUCAGAUUGUUACAUCUGAAGAAGAGAGAGGAUGUUUCAGUAGCACAAAUUCCACGUCAAAACCGGUAAAGAAAACGAGCCAGAGAAUGGUGAACAGUUGCUCACAGACUGAUGAUGAGAGAUUGCUAGGUGUGAACAGUCAUGGUGCAGCUGAGGAAUUUGUUGACAAAAGAUACUUGAGCAGUGCUUUUGGGGUAAAUGAACGUGCUGUAUACAAAGUAAGCAAGUCAACAAUGGAGAAGCAAAGCAACUCUGGCGCAUGGGAUAUGAUACGAGAGAAAAUUGACAUUGUUCGAGGGCGACGGCAUUCUAAAGAAAGGAACCGUGAGAGCGCAGAUGAGAAGAAACAUCAUCGGAACUCUUCACCAAACACAUUUGAACAGGAAAGAGAUGAUGCAAUUGCUGAACUGGACUCUGUGAUUGAAAGCUAUCAUCGCAAAACCAGUGGAAGUGGUCUCAAACGUAGUAGGAGGCGGGGGAAAGAACUGGAAAAAAAUGGUGGUACUUGGCCAAAAGCUCGUAAUGGCCCUGUGAUAGAGCAUGGUACAGGCACCAUCUUGCAUCCUAGAAAACACAAGGAGAGGUUACCUCUUUCUGAAUUGAUAAAUAACCCUCCAAAGUACCCUCCUGACACAGUUCAUUACUGUUCUGGUGGCAGUUCAGAACAACCUUCCCGGCCUAUUAAUAUAGCUCAUGAUCGGGCAGUGUCAUGCUCUGCAGCAUACAAAGCUCAGGAUUCAAAUUCCGUUAUGCAUUUCAACAAAUCAGGAGGGUUGCUUUGUAUUCAGAAAUCUUUCACUCCAACUCCAUUCAAGGACCUAAUGUGUGAGAACAAAUCUAACACUGAGUUUAAUAGGGACAGGGAACGGGACAGGUUGAGUGUCCUUGCACCUUCUGAUGCUAGUAUUGACUUUUCUGUCAAGUCUGGGAACAUUGGAAAGGAGGUGCUGGAGUACUAUGCAAAGAAGAAAAGCAGCAAAUAUCCCCCUAGUGACAGUGAGAGCAACAUCAGUCCAAUGGAAUCACUGAUGCCAUCACUGCCUUCACACAGCCGUAUCCACUCGCAGCUGUACGGAGUUCCUGCCACCGUACAUCCAUCCUUGGUGAGGUCACUGCCCCACUAUCCCUUCGCUCCAUUUCACUUAGCACACCCUCACCCACAUCCACAUUCGGAUUCAAUGACCACUGCUUUGCCAGCACGGUACCCUUCCCCAACACACCUUCCAUCCUCCCAGAGUGGAGAGUCCAUUGGCUUACCGGACUCAAGAUCCUACUGCUUUGAACCACCAUACAGCCCGACUCCACAGAACUUUCAUCACUCACACUCCCCCUCAGUUGAUCUUCACUAUCAUCACAAACCACGGCCCAUGUUACCAGCUCAUUCUCAUCCUGGUUAUCGUGGUAAUGAGGAGAUCCUCUCUGUUGGUUAUCACAGCUAUGAAGGGGGAACAUUUCCCCGCAAAAAAGAAAAUCAGCGUAUCAGAAUCCCCUCCAACCCAAGUGUGACCAGUAAGAGUAGCACUGGUAAAAUAUCCACAGGGAGCAUUGAGAGGACAUCAGAUCGAGGGAGCCCAAUGCCAACAUUUCAUGUGGAAGUGCUAAGUCCUGGACACAGGGAAAACAAACGCAAUUCUGUACCAGACUACUGCUUUUCACAGAAACCAUCGCCUGGCGAGUUGCGCCGGGUGCACAUAGAUAAAUCAGUUGAGCCAUUGGGCAUCCAGAUCUCUUGUUUGGAGAGUGGGGGAGUGUUUGUUUCAACAGUGAGUGAGCACAGUCUGGCUUCACAAGUUGGCCUGCAGGUUGGAGAUCAGCUCCUUGAGGUUUGUGGCAUUAACAUGCGUAGUGCAACAUAUCAGCUGGCAGCUAACGUACUGCGACAGUGUGGAAACUCCAUAACUAUGUUGGUGCAGUACAGCCCUGACAAGUAUCAUGAAUUGGAAGGUUCUGUGAGUUCAAGUAGUGAAGGAGGCCCCUCCAGGUCUGGAUCUCCCACUCCGUGCAACUCACCUAAAACGCCUCACAGACCAGCACCUCUCCAACUUGAGAAACUGUCCCCCUCGUCCAUAUCAAGUCUGCGAGGGGUACCGCAGUCUUCACAUGGAACUCUCACUCGCAGCCAAAUAGCACAAGCUGUCUCCACUCUCCAAAGACAGAAUGCUACUGUGAGGAGUCCAGAUGAUCCUAACAAGUCCCCGAUUCAUGAUGAGCGGUUUCUCUUCAUUGAGACUAGAAAAUGCAGCAAUCUUGGUAUAAGUUUGGUUGGAGGAAAUGCAGUAGGAAUCUUUGUGCAUAGUGUUCAGCCUGAUUCUUUAGCUUACAAUUCAGGAUUAAGAACUGGUGAUCAGAUUCUAGAAUACAAUGGAACAGAUUUGCGACAUGCUACUGCUGAGGAGGCAGCCUAUGAACUCGCGAAACCUGCUGACAAAGUGACAGUACUUGCACAGUACAAUAUGGACCGUUAUAAUGAAGUUAAGGAUAAACCAGGAGACAGUUUUUAUAUACGUACGAUGUUUGAUCGGGUUGGUGAUCUGGGUGAUUCAUUACAACUUCGAUUUCGCAAAGAUGACGUUCUUUAUGUUGAUAACACCAUGUUCAAUGGAGUGCCAGGACAUUGGAGGGCCUGGCUGGUAGAUGAAGAUGGUCAUCGACAGCAGUGUGGGAUUAUACCUAGCAAGUACAAGGUGGAAGAAGAGUUACUUUUGCGCCGCAGUUUAGGUGACUUGGAGGCUGAUGCAAGGCGUGGCUCCACAUCUGCAAGACGUAGUUUUUUUCGCCGUAAGAAACACCAACGCAGUUCAUCUCGAGAUUCAAAAGAACUAGCAAGUUUCUCUAACAUUAACCUUGGAUGGUAUAGUGAUUCUGGAACUCUGAAUGAAGAGGUUGCUCUUUGCUCAUACCAGCGUGUGGAAAGACUUGACUAUCCAGUGUUCAGGCCAGUCCUAAUAGUUGGACCUCUGGCUGAAUGUGUAACGGAGAAACUGAUCCAGGAUUUCCCUGACAAGUUCACUCAUUGUGUCCCAGAAGUUAUGCACUGCCCUCUGAAUAUGAUGGAGAAAGGGAUAUCAGAGAACAUUUUUGUGGACUUCCGAAAGAAAGGCAGUAACUUUGAGUGCACCACUGUUACAGCUGUGAAAGAAAUCUGUGAUAAGAAUAGCCAUUGCAUUUUAGAUAUCAGUCUAGCCUCUGUGGAGAGGCUUCAUCGUCACCAAAUUUAUCCUAUAGUGCUAUUGAUCAAGUUUAAAUCAACAAAACAGAUAAAAGAAGUGAAGGAUACUCGCUAUUCUAUGGAGAAAGUUUCAGCUAAGGCAGCCAAAGAAAUGUAUGAACAUGCCUCAAAGUUGGAGUCUGAAUACCGACAUUACAUUUCAGCUGUGAUCCCUGCAGGUGUGAAUGUGGCAUACAUGUGCACACAGGUUAAGGUAGCUGUUGAUCAGGAGCAGAAGAAAACUCUUUGGGUCCCCUGCGGUUCGAUUUGACAGUCAGCAUCUUUCCCAGAGUCUGCUGGGAAACCUGUUACAGCAAUGGAUAUGCACAAAUGGCAGUCCUUAUAGCUUCCAUUACAGGGUUUAGUCCAAUUCGACUGACUGAGUGACUCCCGCUUAUUGGUGAAGUUAGUUUGCUUAUGGACUAAAGCCAUGGAGUUAGUUCUUUACAGCCAAUUCAGAUACAAACAUGGUACUUCAAAAUUAGGACACAAGUACUUUUAUUCAUCAGAGUUCAACAUUUAUCAUCAUACGUGCAUUAAAGAAGUGCAGGAUACACAGUAACAGAAGAGGCAGUUGCAUGGACAGUGAAAUGCAUUAUUAUAUCAACAAGAUAGGAGCAUAUCAUCUUCCAGUGGCUUGAAAUGACAAUACUUAUUUGUUAUUGAUUGAAUGUUGUCAGUAGUUACACAGCUCAACCCCUACACAUGGCAUGACACUUCCACCUCUAAGUAUUAUUGACUCUCAGUUUGGAAGAGUGAAAAUAUUUUUUCAAGUGUACAGCUAAUUUGAGUGCUCUUAAAAGGUACCUUGUAAAGUAAAUAAACAUGCAAGUGUCCUAGUAUAGAAGUCUAGUCAGUCUAGUUGCUGAGCUGAGAAAAUCAUUAACCAAAUAUUUAUUUAUUUAUUACUACUAUUAAAGAGGAACACCAAAUAUCCUGUUUUCUCUACUCACUCAGAUGCAAGAUUUAGUCAGCCCAGAUGACUGGGUUGUGCAAGGUUACUGUUUCAUAUUGUUGGCUGCACCUUCGAAAUAAUUUUGGAUGUUUUAUCAAAGUGUUACCAUCCUCUAUGCCAUUACUAGUACACUUAACUGAUAUAUACUUCAUUUCAUGGACCGAAGUAAGUUUUAUAAUUACAAUGGAUACAUCCAAAGAUCCUGCAGGUGAGGUGUAACUAUUCCACAUUGUAAUGUAUAUAUAUCAGUGUUGCCUGUACUAAAUGCAGGAAGAUGUACAGUUGUUUUCAGUUGCAAUAUGGAAUAGGUACCAUUUAUAUAGUAUGGGGAGAGGGAGCAGUUAAUGUGGAAAAAUUCUAUGAUAAUACUGCCAGACGUGCCCCUGAUUUUAUUAAUGUAAGACAGAAAGUGAAAAGUACAUCUGAAAUACAAAGGCAUAAUAUUUCAAAUCGGUAAUAGUUAUGGUGUAUCUUGUGUUGGGUGAAAAUGGUGAUUCUGAUAUUUUCAUUUCAUUAUACAGUAGAUAUUAUUUACAGAUAUGUUCAGAGUAAGAAUUAGUCUUUUGUGGUCUCUGUAAUUUCUUCUUUAAAAUAGCUUAAAGGUAAGUACCAGUGUCUAAACUAUUACCUCCCUCCCCCUCCAGAAUAUUGACUGAUUUGACUGAUGACUCAGCUUAUGUUCAUCUAAGCCUGAAACUUCUUUUAAGUUACCAUAUUUGUGUAGAGAUCUGCAUAUUAAUGAAGAACUGCUAUCUGAUAUUGCAGUCAUUUGUUGCUGACUUGGAUAAUUUUGCCCCACUUGGCAAGGGGUGCCAGUACAUCAUGCAUGCUGUCAAAAUAUAAAAGUUUGUUGAAAGAAUUUGAUGUUUAGGUUGAACAAUGUUGUGUAUAAGAUAUCAAAAUACACAAUAAUCAGUCAUACAUUACAGAAGCUCAGAUGAGGUGGUGGUUAGAUCUUUCGUUAAACUGUAUAAAAACUUAUCAGUGGACUAGAGAGGCAAUUAGAUGUGAUGAGGAAUAGGAGAAAGCAAUUGACCCAUAAGCUUUUGUAAUAAGUCACUAAUACUGUAAUCAUCUGGUGAUAUUUAAGCUCUGUAGAAUUAUCACAGUGCUCAAAAGCAUUUGUUACCCAAGAGUAUUUAUAUGCCCUGUUUAAUAUUUGAUGUGUCUGUCUUCCUUAUAAACUAUUAUUUAUUUGAAAUGGAGGGUUGACAGUUGUAGAAUGUCCCUAAAAGUUUCUUACUUUUGUUUUUAAUGUACUAAAUAUACUAUACACCAAAUAAUUGAGGAUGGUUAUAUAAAUAACAUAAAUUUGUAAAAUGAAUUUUAUGGAUUUUGUAUGUUUAAAACUGUGUUAAAGGAGAUUAGCCCCAUGUAUUAAUGCAAAUAUGGAACUGUAUAUUUCCUUAAUUAUUUUUACCAGACAUUACUUUCUUCCCUGGCAGCGUCUCUUGUAAUUGCUGGCAGAAUGCAGAUUGACACUAGCGGUCAGUUUUUGAAAUAGAAAAUGAAAAUUUUAACUUUUGAUAUCAGUAUAGAUACAGGUUUAGUAUCAGAAGUGUAUUUUGAGUAUGAAUGGAAGUGGUGGUGGUGGUAGUUGUAUGUUAUGGCUUUUCUAGGACUUUGUGUACUGCAUAACUGUCCUACUGCCAUUACCAGAUUUAGUCUUUCAAACCCCAUUCAGAAGCGAUCUUUGAUGCCCAUUUCCUAGUACAUACAUGAAAUAGCCCAAUAACAGGUGGAGGGGUGUAGGAUACAUUUUAUGUAGUAAUUUGAACUGAUUAAAUAGCACAAAGGUAUGGAUGAUAUUAUUAUACAUGUUUGUUAGAUUUUUCUACACUGCAGGACUCUACCAGUUAAGAUUAUAAAUAUAAAAGAGGACAUAUUCCUAUAGUUUCUUAAUACGUAUAUCUGAAAUAUUAAAUGCAAUAUAAAUAAUCAUGGGACUAAGGAAUUGACCUACCUUGUUAAGACUGACAAUUGCUAGAGAGUUGAAGGCACUUGCAGUGUUAAAAAUUGGUGUUACUCAAUACAAGUAUCAUUUCCUUUCCUAUACAAAUAUUUAUAUACAUAUACACUACUACAUAAUUUGACACUUGCUUUUUAUAUAGGAUAUGUUUUUGUCAGCUAGUUUAGUAUUGACUGGGCAAAAAAUAAUUUAUUAAUGCUGAUGUGUGGAUGUUGUAAGUAUUAAUAUACAGUAUUGUGAUUGUCACAAGUCAGUCAAGGCAAACAUUGUAAAUAAUAUGUGUUUACAUAUAUGUGAUGCAGAACAUGUAUAGUAAGUGGAAUACAAUAAAGAUUGGAGAGAAGACAGUAUGGUUUGUCACAAA